AUUUAAAACACAACCAAUUUUUUUAAAUUUUUUUUUGGCAAAAGUGAAUAAUGGACUCGGGCUUUACGAAUAGUCACUCCGAAUCCGAUCUAUGCUAUGACAAGGAAAAGUUUUCCAGAGAUGAAGAGAACAUGGCAAAUUUUUAUGCAACCAUAGGAAAUAUAUCCAGAAACAUGCGGAAAGGGGAUUGGACAUAUUUACAACGACAUCCGGAAAUACGAGCCAUAAUACGUACUAUAAUAACGGAGGCCAUUGAGAAGAAGCCAAACGACAUUUUUCAAUUUGCAGCUAAUCUAUUUCAGUGCAAUAAUGAACCAGUAUUAGUGCGAAAGAUUAACAAGCAGCUGAGAUUGGUAAACAAGCAGCUGAGGGGCGGACAGUGGUCUCCGGCUGAUGGGGAAAUUGUAUUUUCCGAGAGCAGCGAUGUUUUUACAGAAGUGAAAUCCGAAUGCAAGCCCAUCUUGAAGCAAACAGUUGUUAAUGUGCAACCAAACGAAUCCGUGGGUCCAGAAAACUUUAAGCCAGGUUGUCCUGUAAUUUUAGAACCCAAAUGCUAACAUUCCCGUGACGAA